AUGGCAGCACGUACAUUAAGGAUAGGCCUCAUCCCCGGUGAUGGUAUUGGCCGCGAAGUCAUCCCCGCCGGUCGCCGCAUCCUCGAAGCCCUGCCUUCGUCCUUUGGCCUCAAGUUCUCCUUCACACACCACUCGGCUGGCUGGGAGACGUUCCAAAAGACGGGCGCCGCACUGCCCGAAGAGACGGUCGCAGCGCUCAAGUCAGAGUGUGAUGGAGCUCUCUUUGGCGCCGUCAGCUCGCCCACGGUCCAAACCAAAGGCUAUUCCUCCCCGAUCGUCGCCCUGCGCAAGAAGAUGAAGCUCUACGCCAACGUCCGCCCCGUCAAGAGCGUCGCCGGCGCAAAGAAUCCCGUUGACCUUGUCAUCGUACGCGAAAACACGGAAGAUCUCUAUGUCAAGGAGGAGAAGACAUACACGGCCGCCGACGGCUCCAAGAUCGCCGAGGCCAUCAAGCGCAUCAGCGAGACUGCGUCGUUCAACAUCUCCGAAAUGGCUGGCGACAUUGCACUCCGCCGCCAACGCGUCCGUGAUGCUGGAACAACGUCUCUACACACGCGCCCCAUGGUUACAAUCACACACAAGAGCAACGUGCUCUCGCAGACCGACGGUCUCUUCCGCGAAACGGCGCGCCGUUCCCUUGAAAACGCAAAAUACAAGGGCCUGACCAUUGAAGAGCAAAUCGUAGACUCGAUGGUGUACAAGCUCUUCCGCCAGCCACAAGAUUACGACGUCAUCGUCGCACCGAAUCUCUAUGGCGACAUCCUCUCCGAUGGCGCGGCUGCCCUUGUCGGAAGUCUAGGCCUUGUGCCCAGCGCCAAUGUAGGCAAGGGUUUUGUCAUUGGUGAGCCGUGCCACGGAUCUGCGCCUGAUAUUGAGGGUCAGGGUAUUGCGAAUCCCAUCGCAACGAUUAGGAGCACGGCACUCAUGCUGGAAUUCAUCGGCCAGGAGGAAGCCGCAGCCAAGAUUUAUGAGGCAGUUGAUGCGAAUCUGGCUGAAGGCCGAUUACUAAGUCCCGAUCUUGGGGGAAAGGCCAAGACGGAGGAGAUCAUCGAGGAUAUCUGCAAGAGGCUAUAG